AUGAAUCAAAGUAGGUAGAACUUAUUUCCAGUGCCUAGUGGAUUUCAUGAUAUUCUUAGAGAACUCACUUUAAGUAUACUUAAAGAUUAACCAGAAGAUAUUCUCUUUUAUGGUAUGACAUAUUUUGAAUCAAAGAUAAAAGGAAAUAAUUUUACAUAUGAAGGACCUAAGCGAUUACAAAUUAGUAAAAAUUAACAAGAAUUAGAUAUGUAUAAUAGCCUGUUUGAAACUUACUAGUUUAAAAAGGAUUAAACAUCAUAAAAUUUAACUAUAGUACGAGAUAAUUCAGUGAAAUCGAAUACUUAAAAUAGGAGUGCUCAAAUCGAUGUUCAAAAAUAGCAUAGUUAAUUAGAAAAUAUAUUUGUUAAGCAUUAAAAAUCAAAUGAUCUUCCUUCCGAGGAUAUCCAAAACAUUAGGAUACUUGAAAAUAUUAGUUCAAAGCAAAGUUAAAAAUCUGAUCAAUUUAAAUUUAGUUAAUAAUCUAGCAUACCACCUAAAUCUAUUAAAAAUGAAUAAUAGAAUACUGAGGUAUAAAUGGUUUAAUCAAUAAAUUUACAAAUUCAGGAUUUGAAUUGCAUAUAGUAAAAAGAUAAGGAAAUGCUAGGAAAUGCAAUUAAAGAAAAAAAUGUUGAAACGAAUUAUAUUUAAAAAUAAGAAAAAAACCUUAGUAAAUAGAAAACAAGCGAUGACGAUAACAGCACCCUAGAAAAAAAAAAGAAAAAUGAAUCUUAACUCAGUCAUAUUAAAAACUAAGUUUCACUCCAAACUCACAACUAAACAUACUUUACAAACAAUUAAAAUGACUUAACUCUUAACAACAGAAACACAGACUUGACAAUACUAUAGACUUUUCAGUAAAACCAUAUUUCAGAAGAAUAAAUGUUGCAAAAUAUUAUAUUACAAGAUAAGUUACUUUUCUAAGAUUUAAAUGAAGACUUUAAGUAAAUUGAUAUUGCAGAGAAUGAAGUAAAGAACGAAGAAAUUAUUUAUGGUUUUAACUUUAUGGAAGGGGAUGAUAUGGAAAAAUCAAAUUUAACCAUAAUACAAUCAAAUUAUAAUGUUUAGUCUCAUCUAAAAGAAUAACUCUUGAAUUUAUUAGCACCACCAUAAGAGAAGCCUAAGGAGAAGAAGAAUUUACAAGAUUUAGUUUUCAGCAAUCAAGAUUAAAUGAAAAUUUCAAUGGUAGAAUCUAUGAAUAUGGGAGCUUAUUAAAAGAGUUUUAUUUAUGUAAAUAUAAUGAGUGCUAGAAAUUUGCCUCUCUGUAUGAAUGCUACAUGUGAAGUUUAUUUAGAAGGGAUGACUGAUUAAAAAAUAGUUUCUCAACCUGUUUAUAAUAACAACGAGCCUGAUUGGUAUUAUCUCAGAAAAAAAUUAAUACUUUUAGUUCCAAAGAGCAUAGAAAAACUGCAAGAAGAUAUCAACUAAAAGCCUCUAUUUUUAUGUGCUAAUAUUUUUGAACUGCGCUACUCUAAAAGUUAACAGUAAAGAAUCGAUCUAGCCACGUUUAGAGUUCCUCUUUCACCUAUUUUCGAAAAAGAGGGAUAAUGGUCUAUUAAUAAUUAUUUUGAUUGUUAAGAAGAGUUUUAGCAAGCUAAGUUAUACAUUUAGGUGAAAUAUUCUUUGAUAUAGAUACAAAAUAGCAGUCUUUUAUAGCAAUAAGUAGAGAGUGUAGAAGCAACACUUAACCCUGAAUUUGAUAAAAAGUUAACCAAAUCGAGUCAAAAGGACAUAAUGGCAUCAGUAGAUUUAAAUAAAGAAAAUGAAAAACACUAAGGCAUAAUAUAAAAAUUAAUUUUAAGCAUAAGCAACUAACUAUUCAAGAUAUAAGGAACCUUUAGAAUAGUAAUUAUAAAAGCUCGUAAAUUGUAGCACUCAUAAGAUAGUAGCUUAAAAGUUUAAUCCCCUCUAAUUGAAUACUGCAUUGUUGGUGAUGAAGGAAAUAUAACAGAAAUUUUUGAUCCUAAUUCAAAAGUUGCUGAAGAGCCUAUUUGGUUCCAUGAUUAAGACCAUAAAGUAGAUGUAAAUUUAGGACAUAAACUUAUACUUUAGUUAAAAUUAUAUGACUUACAAGAAUGUGAUAAAUCUAAAAAAAUAUAUAUGGGUGAAAUAAAUUUAGAUCUAGGCAUUUUAAUAGAUUAGCCAGGAAAGUGGUUAAUAAAUAAUUAUUAUGAUCUUCAUUUCAAAAAUAAUUUAGAUUCCUUAGCGGGAUAAGUAUACAUAUAAUCCAAAUUUAUUCCUGGUGGAUUAGAGGAGUUCCAUUAAGAGUAGUUUGGUCCUCUUUCCUAGUUAGAUUGA